AUGUCACAUUCUAUCAAAAAUGUCGGUGAUUAUACCAAAAAAAUACUGUGUGAUACUUUUAAACCACAAGAUCUAUUUGACUCGUUAACUUUAAUUAUUCAAACUUUAGAAACAAUCGAUAAAAACCAGGGUAGUAAAUUGUCUUUAUAUGUAAAUAUAUCCAGCUUUUUAACUGCACUAAGAACAAAAGGAUUAGAUCACAAAGCUGAUUAUAUCGCAGCCGCUGCAAAGGCAAUUUUACAAUUCUCUGACGUGAUUAAAUAUCCAGUAGAUACCACACAUAAUAAAAAUGAACAAGCGCUCGUUGUAGCCGAUAUUGUUGGGACAGGAGGUGAUGGACAAAACACUUUUAACGUUUCCACUUCAUCUGCAAUUGUUGUAUCUGGAAUUAAAGGAAUUAAAAUUGUUAAGCAUGGUGGUAAAGCCUCUACCUCAAAUAGCGGUGCCGGUGAUUUAAUCAAUGUGUUGGGCGUGGAUUCUACAAAAGUUAAUGCUGGUUCUGUGGAAAAAUUAUAUGCUUCCAACGAUUUCAUGUUUUUAUUAGCUUCCCAGUUUCAUAAGGGGAUGUUUCACGUGGCUGAAAUUCGUAAAAUGAUGAAAAUACCAACUAUUUUUAAUGUUUUAGGUCCUUUAUUACACCCUAUGUCCAUUGUUAACAAAAGAAUAUUGGGUGUUUAUUCCAAAGAUCUAGGAUUAGAAUAUUUAAAAGCUGCCAGAUUAGUAUAUCCUAACAAUGAUAUCUUUGUUGUUUGGGGACACGUUGGAUUGGACGAAAUUAGUCCUAUUGGUAAAACAACAGUUUGGUGUUCACAAGCUAAUAAUGAUUUGAAUACUGAAAUUAAAGUUUUGGAGAUAUCACCUUUGGAUUUUGGUUUGAUGGAACAUCCUUUAGCAGAUUGUCAAAGCUUAGGUCCUGCUAAAAAUGCAGAUAUUUUAGCUAAUCAUAUUUUACAAGGUGAAUACAGGAGAGGAGAAAAUGCUAUUUAUGAUUAUAUCCUAUUGAAUAGUGCUAUGUUAUAUUGUUUGUGUUUCAAUUCCAAAGAUUAUAAAAAAGCAGUUGAUAUUGUAGAAGAAUCUAUACAUAACGGGUCUGCUUUGAAAAGUUUACAGAAAUUUGUUAAAGAUGUUGAACAAUUGUAA